ACUACGAGUAUGGCAGGCGUGUCCAAUUAUGCCAGGAGGAUGGCCAGACUCAGUGCCCAGAUCUUUGGAGACGUCACACGGAACACAGAUAAAAAAUCCAUGAGGGUUGUGAAGAUGUACAGUGAAAAGCCCAUCUGGCUGAAGAGGGAAAUUGUCGACUACUAUCCCAACCAUGAUGUUCUGGUCAAGAUGAUGGCUCAACUUCGGAAAAUGGGACUGUAUAGAGAUGAACACCAAGAUUUUAAAGAAGAGAUGACGAGACUUCGAGCAUUAAGAGGAAAGGUCAAACCUAAGAAAGGGGAGGGCAAAAGAGCUUCAAAAAGAAAAUGAUCUUCACAAAAUUGUGUUAGAGUUGUAAUAGCCUUUGGUAAAUAAUAGUUGAACUACAUGUAUAUACUUGUAUGCAAGUAUUAUUAAGUUUUUAUUUCUUGUAAACUUGCUGGUCAUUCAAGAUGGAAAUUAAACUCUUAACAAGCCCAA